AUGGGCACCAAAUCCUUGGCGCCCUUCGGCAAUACUAGAAUGCCAGCUCUGUUGAUCCAACAUUGUUUCAAGUUUGACAGUCUAGCCUCUGCUUCCUCCUUGAGAGGUCUGUUGUCUUCCUCUGACAUGCCGCUGCUCAGCUCGGCGCACGCUACAACAUCAAAAUCAGGCAAAACAAAAAGUGUCAAUAAGUACAGCAUGCAGUUCACGGAUUGCCAGUACAUGCAGUUCACGGAUUGCCUUUGUGGAAGGGAAAAUGGUGGCAACAGGAUUUUGGGGGGAACAGAGGUUCCCAACCAAGGAUUCUACCCAUGGGUUGUGAAAUUCAGCAAUAGAUGUGCAGGAACUUUGGUCAGUGACAGAUGGGUUGUGACUGUAGCCCAUUGCAUCGCUAGCCUGAGUGCAGCUUCCCAGCUCUCGAUGACCUUCAGGGAACACACGUUGGACUCGCCAAAUGAUCCUGGAGAAUUCAGGGUUUCUGCAGCAGCCAUUCUUUACUACAGUGGUCUCUAUGAUUCCGCCAAAUUCAAUUAUGACUUUGCAUUGGUUCAACUGGCUCUUCCUGUACCAAUCACUGGUCUCUCAAACAUCCGCCCAGUGUGUCUGGCUUCUCAGAGUUUCGAUUUCAAUGGCUACACUGGAAUUCCCGUUGGAUGGGGUUUCUACGAAAAUGGAGUUGGCAGAGAGGCCUCAGUUCUAAGGGAAACCACAGUCACCCUUUACAACAGGGUGGCUUGCUUGAAUUCAGGCGGAGUUCCAUCUUCAACGUCAAUCUGCGGCUAUGCCAAAGGAAGAGGACUUUGUAUUGGAGAUAACGGUGCCCCAAUGACAGUGAAAUCGGCAGGAAAGCAUUACUUUGCCGGGGUCGCUGUUAAUCUCCAUUCGGGCACUGGACCGAACACUUGCGACACGAAUAGACCCCAUUACUACACACAGGCGACGUUUUUCACCGACGUCAUAACUCAAUACGCUUGGGUCUUCGGAAACUAUUGCAGCUAUUGAUCGAUGAGACGAUUCUUCCUCAAUACCAAGCACCAUUUAAUCCCGGCUCUGAAACAAUAAAGAAUUCUUUCUGCAUCUGAAAUCAUUCAUCUAUUUACUUUUGCACCUCACUAACGUGAACAGGAACUUUAAAAGGAAUCACCAGCACAGGAAGACACUGGUCAACCAAAAGGCAUCCAAUUUUGCUUAGAAACAGAUUGGAAAUGGAAGGUUAACCAAAAGCAAAAUCAGAGACAGUCUAUUUCAUGUCCGAGCUUUUUUGAGUCAACAAUCCCUGGAAAAAAAAACAGCAGCCUUCAAAAUCA